AUGGGAGACGUCGCUGCUGAACCUUUGGCCUCAUUCCAGGGGCUACCACCGUUCCCCGACAAUAUCCCCACUGCACCUCUCGUGACGCUCUCUUUGGCCAAGCUACAGGCCAACGACCCACAGGAAGUUGCAGAGUUCUUCAAAAUUGGCAAGGGGCUUGGUUUCUUCUACCUCGAUCUGCGUGGAUGUGACAACGGGAGACAAUUGCUCCAUGAUGCCGAGGCACUGCUGGAACUGCAGAAGCAGUACUUUGACCUGCCACUUGAAGAGAAGCGCAUCUCGGAUCGGGAGACCGUCCCCGGCAGCGACGGCUUCUUCGGAUGGAAAGCGCUCGGAACACUUGCUGUUGAUAAGACAGGCAAGACUGAUCGGAACGAGCAGCUGACUGUGAAAAAAGAUGAUAUCGUCGGAAAUACGGCUCCGCUUCCCGUCCCCGAGCUCAUUAGGAACAACAUGCCACUCCUCAAGUCCUUCGCCACCAAUGCCUUCGAUAUCGUGCAAGUGAUGCUGACCCACCUGAACGACCAGCUCGAGCUGGCCCCAGGGACGCUCCCGAACAUGCACAGGCUGUACGAAGAGUCAGGCGACCACGUGCGCAUGCUCAAGGCUCCUCCGGCACCUGGUGAGCCCUCGCUGAGUGCAGGACCGCACACGGACUUUGGAAGCUUGACGGUCCUAUUUAAUUGGCUCGGCGGGCUGCAGGUCGUCCUCCCGGGAGCGAGCAAGGAGUGGGUGUAUGUGCGUCCUGUGCCCGGGUGCGCGAUUGUGAACCUCGGCGAUGCGCUGGUCAAGUUCACAGCGGGGUUGCUGCGGUCGAAUAUCCAUCGCGUGAUGAGCCCCCCUGGGAACCAGGCAAGCCUCGUCCGAUAUUCUUUGGUCUACUUUAGCAGGCCGGAGAACGCGGUAGUGUUGAAGCAGAUCAAAGGAGGAUUGAUCGAUAAUCAGCCAAUAUCGGAGGAACCACAAGAAGAGUUCACGGCCAAGCAGUGGUUCUUGAGGAGAGCGCAUCUCAACAAGAAGAACGACAACUGGAAGCCCGAGAAUUGGGCGAAGAGUCGUGCACCCGCACCGAGGUCUGAAUUGGCAACAGAGCCAGUACGCAGGAAAAGCGCUGAACCUGAGGUGAACUCAGCUAUGCGCUCUCUCUUCCGCCGCACCGCUCAGCCCGUGGCGAUCCUAACCAGCCGCCAUGCACCAUCUUCUUCUACUCCUACUUCCUCUCAAACACCCGCCGCCAACCUCGAAGAAUAUUAUCAUGGCGCUACCCUCUCCUCCUUUACCUCUAUCUCCCUCUCCCCCCUCCCGCUCGUGGCGUUCUCCCUCCACCUCCCUUCUCGAGCAGCGCAAGCAAUCCAGCACGCACUCACCUCCGGCAUCUACCCCUGUCCCAGUGUGGUAGUCAACAUCCUGUCUGCUUCUCAAGCCGCUAUAGGACGACAUUUCUCGCGGCCCGAUCUGUGGCCAAAUCCAUGGGAGAUGCACAACCACGACCUGACAGAGGAAGGGAUCCCUUUGUUCCCUGACAGUCUGGGCGCUGUCAGCUGCGCACCCCUCACGGGCUUUGGGCUUGAUCGGGAUGGGUUGAAGAGGAUGGGUAUAAACGUUCCUCAGGGAAUGACAUAUGACUCGGAGGAGACCACGAGCGAGAUAUUCAUCGCCCAGGUGAUAAGGGUUGAGCUGGAGAACACGCCUGGCACGUUGCCACUGCUCUAUCACGAGAGGGUGUUCAAGACUAUUGCGGAGGACAUUGUGGAGGGAGACUUGAAGCUGCCGCCGCCCGUCCCGCGAGAGCGAGCGAAGGCUUGACCUAGUAAAUGGAUCGGUUAAUGGCGAAACAAAGCCUAUCCAUGCAUGAGGCACAUAGGCUGAUGG